GGAGCAAGCUGUGUAGUUUACGGAUGUCACGUUUGCUACCUUUAAUUGUGGAAAGAGCUGUUCUCAAAUAAACGGGCAGCCAUCCAGAGCACAGCUGGAAGAGGAAUGGAUGUAACAUGAUAUCCUUGGAGUGCACAGAACACACAGAUUUUGCAAAGUUUUGUUUUUCUGGUUGAGUAACAUAACGAAAAUGGAUGAAUCGGCUUUGCUGGAUCUGUUGGAGUGUCCCGUUUGCCUAGAACGCCUUGAUGCUUCUGCGAAAGUCUUGCCUUGCCAGCACACGUUUUGUAAACGCUGUCUGCUGGGCAUUGUGAGCUCUCGAAAUGAGCUGCGGUGCCCGGAGUGCAGGACUCUGGUGGAGUGCAGUGUUGAUGAACUUCCCAGUAAUAUUUUGCUCGUUAGACUACUGGAUGGCAUCAAACAGAGGCCUCGGAAACCUGGCGCUGGUGGUGGGACUGGUAGCACGAACGCGCUAAGGGUCCAGGUCAGCACUGCUGCUAACUGCGGAGCGAAGGACAUGCAGAGCUCUCAAGCUGGACAGCAGCAAAGAGUGCAAGCACGGAGCCCUCCUGUUAGGGGUGUACCUCAGUUACCAUGUGCCAAAGCAUUGUAUAACUACGAGGGAAAGGAACCGGGAGAUCUUAAAUUCAGUAAAGGAGACAUCAUCAUUUUACGUCGACAGGUGGAUGAAAACUGGUACCAUGGAGAAGUCAAUGGUGUCCAUGGCUUUUUCCCUACCAACUUUGUUCAGAUUAUUAAACCUUUACCUCAACCUCCGCCUCAGUGCAAAGCACUUUAUGACUUUGAAGUAAAAGACAAGGAAGCAGAUAAAGACUGUUUACCAUUUUCAAAGGACGAUGUUCUGACUGUAAUUCGCCGAGUGGAUGAAAACUGGGCAGAAGGAAUGUUGGCUGACAAGAUAGGAAUAUUUCCCAUCUCGUAUGUUGAGUUUAACACAGCAGCGAAGCAGCUAAUAGAGUUGGAUAAGCCCUCAGGUUCUGCUGUAGACUCUGGAGAAGGUACCUCUGGGGCAGCCCACAACAGUUCAACCCAAAAGCACACCGAUACCAAGAAAAACACCAAAAAACGGCACUCUUUUACCUCCCUCACUAUGUCCAACAAGUCUUCGCAGUCUUCUCAGAAUCGCCAUUCAAUGGAGAUUAGUCCUCCUGUCCUCAUUAGCUCCAGCAACCCAACUGCAGCAGCCCGCAUAAGUGAGCUGACAGGACUUUCCUGUAGUGCCCCUUCUCAGGUUCAUAUUGGUACCACAGGGCUAAUUGUGACUCCACCUCCUAGCAGCCCGGUUACAACAGGGCCUUCAUUUACCUUCCCUUCAGAAGUGACCUACCAAGCAGCUCUUGGUAAUAUGAAUCCCCCUCUUCCACCACCACCACCUCUCUUGUCUGCCGCAAUCAUUGCAUCAGCCUCUUCUGGACCUCCACCUGCAGGUGUAACACAAAGGCCUGCAGCAGGAUCAACUGAACAAAUGGCACAUUUACGACCGCAAAGUCGACCGAGUGUAUAUGUUGCUAUAUAUCCAUACACUCCUCGAAAAGAUGAUGAACUGGAACUGCGGAAGGGAGAAAUGUUCUUGGUGUUUGAGCGCUGUCAAGAUGGCUGGUUCAAAGGAACUUCCAUGCAUACAAGCAAGAUUGGUGUUUUUCCUGGCAAUUAUGUGGCCCCAGUUACAAGGACAGUGACAAGUGCAUCCCAGACAAAAGUUCCCAUGUCUACUGCUGGUCAAACAGGACGAGUGGUAACAAUGGUCAGCCCUUCCACUGCUAGUGGACCAUCUCAGAAGCUCCAGGGGAAUGGUGUGGCAGUGAAUUCUAGCACAGUACCCACAGCUGUGGUUUCUGCAGCACAUAUCCAAACCAGUCCGCAAACCAAGGUCCUUGUGCACAUGACAGGACAAAUGACGGUCAACCAGGCUCGCAAUGCGGUUAGAACAGUUGCUGCGCACAGUCAAGAAAGACCUACGGCAGCAGUGACACCCAUACAGGCGCAGAGUCCAGCGUGCCUCAUUCCUGCUGCUGUGAUCGUUCCCCACCACUCUGCUGCUCCCCAGCAGCUCCAGCCUCAGCUUUCAAAUGCUGCUGGUUACGUCACGGCUGUGAACGUGAACCGGUCAACCAUCCCGCUGGCGUGUGCAGCAGCUUCUUUGAAUUCUCCCAGCGUAAACCCCCCCUCUUUGGAGGGAGACGUUAGUGGGAGGACUGUGAACGCUCACCCUGGAGCUCCUGCGUCUCCAGAGAAUGCUUUAGUAGCUGGCGGAAAUGCUGCUGUCGGUAAACCAGAGAAGGAUAGCAAGAAGGAAAAAAAAGGUUUGCUGAAGCUGCUUUCUGGAGCGUCCACUAAACGCAAGCCCCGGUUGUCACCUCCAGCCUCACCAACGCUGGAGGCUGAGCAAGCAGCGGCAGAGCUGGCCCUGCAAGGUGCAGUCGGGCCGGAGCUCCCUGCAGCAGGGGGGCACAGCAAAGCCGGACCCUCUCCCACCGACAGCGAGGUCUCUGCGCUGGCACAGGAGACGCUGCAUCGGAAAAUGAGUUCCCUGGAUUCCGGUAUUCCUAUAGCGCCGCCUCCUCGGCAGCCUUGCUCGUCCCUGGGUCCAGUCCUGAAUGAAUCCAGGCCUGUUGUCUGUGAAAGGUACAGGGUUGUGGUAUCCUAUCCUCCUCAGAGUGAAGCAGAACUUGAACUUAAGGAAGGUGACAUUGUCUUUGUACACAAAAAACGUGAGGAUGGCUGGUUCAAAGGCACGCUGCAACGAAAUGGAAAAACUGGCCUUUUCCCUGGCAGCUUUGUAGAAAACAUUUGAGAAGAUUCAUUCCAAGAGCUUCAAAUCAUACUGUACUGUAAAAUAGCACAAAUAUUCUACCAGAAAAAGCACAGUCAUGAAAUAUUUUCAAGUGACUGUAAGAACAAAAUUAUAUGUAUUUCUAUAUUGUCUAUAGCACAAUUACACCAGCAAACAAAGAAGAUGAAGGCAUCUGCUGGUUUUAUCACUUUGGAUUCUUAAGUGUGAUGUGUGCCUUGUACUGUCUGAUUUAUUAUAUAGAGGAACUUUUUUUUUCGCCCCAAGUAUGUUACAUAAAUGAACAAUUGUUUACAAGGCUGUAACUAAUUUAUUCUUGUUUUUUUUAAAAAAACUUGAAUUUUGUGUAAUAGCUACAAUUCUCGUGAUUAUGAUUUUAACAGAUUAUUAAUUUAUGAAAGAAUAGCUAAGGGGAAGCUGGAUUCUCUCCUUUUGAGCAAGCAAUUAUAUCUGAUAAAGAGCCUCCCACUUACCCUCUAGACAUUCUUCCCCUGCUGUGUCGGCCCAGUGGAGUAAGUCUCUGUUUUAUGAAUUAAUGUUGAGUGGUGGUGAUGUGGCGUCAAAUAGAAUUUGCCAAGUGGGGAAAAAAUGUGUAUUUUGUUCUUUGGACAGAGGAAAAAAAAAAUCAGUGGUGUUCUCAAGUCUAGUUCUACUUCUUCAUAAAUCACCCAGAUAGAGUAAUGUUUUUCCAGGAGAUGAAGAUGUAAGAUAAAAUUCAACCAUCUUAUUAGGACCAUCUCAAGGUUAGGAAGGCAGAAAUUUAGGAGUGCCAAUAAGAGAUUCCCUAUACCUUCUGUUUAUGUAAAAAUUUGGCUGUUUGAACAAAGCUUAGCUUUGUAUAUAUGGCCAGUUAUCUGGGCAUUUACCUCUCAGGAGCCAGCAAAAUUGGAAGGAAUGUUAAAGCUCAACACUUAGAAGGGCGAUAGCUUCAAAACACCUGUCUGACAAAACUGAGUAUAAAAAUAAAAUUCUAAGCUGAACUUACUGUCUAAAAAUGCCUAGGAAGUGUAAUUUGCUAUGUUUUCUUCUCAAACUGAUCUGCAUGGCCAAGAGAUGUUUAAAAUGUCUGAGCAAUAGUGGUGGUAAGUGAUGCACUUGUGUUAAAGUAAAAGGCUGUAUGAAACACUGUGAAAACUUUACUAACUUCUUAACCAUUGCUACUUUGGUAUAUUCUGACUUUUUCUUUGUCUUGCAUGUCUUACUCAAUUCUUGCAGUAAAAUAACUGUGCAUGAUCUACAUUUUUCAUUCAGUUUUCCAGUUGCUGGGUUAUUUCACUCUGAAAGUUUCCCAAAAGCCACUUGACCAAAACUAGUGAGCAACUUACCUUCAGCCAGAGGAGCUGUCCAGUGUUUGAAUCAUUAAUAAAAUAUCAUAAUGUCCUUGCAGCUGACAGAUAUAAAGAAUGAUGCCUGCAAGAAAAGUGAUGUUAGUCUUUCUUUUUUUUUUUUUUUUUUUUUAAGAGAUUUGACACUGGCAAACAUACUACUCAGCCAAGUUUGUUUUUUAUAUUGUUGUUUGAUUAUAGCAGUCUAAUUGUGAUUCUUGCAAGACGCUGAGCACCAUCAUUCCCAGUUAAAUCUGACAAAAUGUGGCUAUUGCUCAGCACUUUACAAAGGGAAGCCAGUAGUGUGAUUCCGUAUCACGCAAUACACGGAAGUAGUGAUGAACAAGUACGCAGUGAUGUAUUAAAUCCUUUUCAUUUUAUUUUUUGAAGUUAUACAUUGAAAGAUAUCAAAUAUUAAUGACAAGGAUUUCUUGCAAUAUCAGGUAGUAUCAUGAUGGUCUUAAAAAUAAGAAAAAAUAUAUCUAUAAAUAUAUAUAUUUGGAAAUUACAACAUUCCCAA